AGGCCCUUUCUGCAACUAGUAAUUCCCCUUCAUUUAUUGUGUUUUUUCUGGUCACACGUUGAAAAGCAAUAAGAAAGCAAUGCAUUCCCCUCCCCCGCCCACCAGCAGUUAUAAUUGUGCUGCAAUAUUAUCUGUAACCCUCUUCGUCUUCCCCUCAAGUGCGUUAUUUAGCUUUUCACGGUUUUUUUCUUUAUCGCUCCCCAAUCAUCACUUGUCAUCUCGUUUGUGACUUUUCGUGUAGUGGACUCCCAAACCGGGUAGCGUUGUUUCGUUCGGCAGUGGCCAGCAGACAGUGAGAGCACAACUCCUGGCACAAUAAGAAAAUACUACUUUCUUGUUCUUCCCCCCAACAUGAGCGGUAGCAAUCCCACAACAACUCUACAACCCCACAGUGCGCACGGCGAUUUCUACUGAUGACUACUGCGCCCACGACGUCAAGGCUUGGGAAAAAAUAAAAACCGUUGAGAGAAGCUGGAGAAGCGACGUGCCAAUUCCACCGUGAAGAUGAUGAUGCUAAUAUCGGCAGGAACAACGAGGUGGGCUACUGUCGCGUACGCCUUGACGAUCUGGGGUUGCAGUCUCACCGCAUCAAUACUCUUGCUCGAGCAGAUACUGCCCAGCAUGGCGUACCGGCUCAACAUGGUGCAACGGAACAACAAGAAGACCAAAAAACAACCGCGCCACGUGCUCAAGACCAAAAGGCGUGCAGUUUCUUCAACUUCCCACCUGGUGGAGCAAGUGGAGAAAAGAGUAGGCGACCAGCGAGACGAGCAGGAGGAGAGUAAUCAUGUUCACUCAACAACACCGAUUGCGAGAGGAGCGCCGUCGUCAAAUGGUCCUACUCUUGAUAGUAGCCGAACAGCGUCGUUUCAGGAGUUUCUGCUAGCUCGGGCGCCGAGCAAGAGAAAUACGAGUACAACUUCCGGAAGGAGUAGGAAACUUUCCCUGCCGUCAAGUUCGAUAACUUCUUCGCACCGGUCAAGAACAUCCUCGAGCGAUGAAAACUACGCUCCGGUUCCAGCCGGGAAUCAGGGGGGAGGAAAGGACGAGACAGGAGAUCAACGCAGAAGUCGUGUUGAUGAGAGGAAUAAAAUAAACGAUAGAACAAAAACUACAGAUAUCAACUGUAAAAAUGUCUGGGUCAGGAAGAUUUCUAGAUUUGUCAUGCAUACCAUCCAUGACCCAUGAUGUCUGUGAUGCAUGCCGUAGCAUCACAGAUUGUUAGAGCGCUUUUUCAUGCCUAUGUAUUCCGCAUGACAGAUGCCAUCUCCGCGGAGCACAAAAUCUACUCCUUUUGCUGGUCAUGCAAUACAAAUCUUUUUCGAAUCCAGAGACAGCAUCACAAGUUUAGAUUCUUCAAAACCCAGACAUUUUUGCAUUUGAUAACAGACGUAGUUGUACUCCGCGAGGACGACUUUCUACAGGACGGGGAGGCACCCGGCAGCGCUCGACAAAGAGACCCUGUUGUGGUCAGCACACCGGAAGUUGUACUCCGAGAGACGCCGGCGUUAGUAGAAGAGAAACAGAUAGAAGCUAGCGAGGAUCAUGAUGUGGCUAUGAUGGAAAGAACGCAAGUUGAUGCCAAAAAGGAGGUUUCUACGAAUGCGUACGCGGCGAUGUGCCACAAGACGAACCCUGGUGAACAAAAAGUCCUCACUGGCACUGUAAUCCUUGACUUCGAUGUGUGGACAAAGGAGAGAAACUACUGGGGGUCAACAGAGAGCUAUCAUCUGAUAGGUGCGGCAAAUAUGGAUAAGGACCCGGACGGAACCAACCUGGAGGGCGCCGAUCAGUGUGCGGCAGUAUGUGCUGCCUGGCCGACGUUCUGGGAAAAGAGUGGCAAGGCGCUAAGAGAAAAUCCCCAGACAUCGUUUAAUACGCGUUGCACCGGUUGGACCUUUUACCACAAGGCAGCAGGUGCGACCCCGCUGGAACUACCAGCGGAUGGAGAUGGAAAGUGGUUCAAAAAUAACAGAGGGUUUUACGCCGGCAAUAAAAAAGAAUCAAAAGGGCCUGCCUGUCGUUUGUUUCAGAACAUCGUGACAGAGGAAACAAUGGCUGCGUCAGAGCAUGACACAUCGGGAUACGAGUACAAAUUUCUUGGCGACAAGUACGGCGACAUACAGUCCGGCAGCCCAUGCUUUGACCGCCAAGGAAUGUUUAUCCAGGCGACUCCAUUCUGCAGCACUACAAUCAAAUAAAAGAAAAACAAGACGCGCGCUUAGCAGCAAGCUAACACUCACAUUCACAGCAGGCACGACGGCAUUUUUAUACUUGAAAUGCAUAGAGUCGGAGGUAAUUGAACUCGGGUGAGGCUGCUAGUAUCUAAACUUACUUCCGCACGUUGUUGCGUUUACUGCGACGCUCUGUCAUGAGCAAAAAUAGGUCAUGUGCUGCAAUGCCGCGAAGUGAACAUGAAAAUUAACUAAGUACAUGGAAACGGAAACAUUCUUCAUUUGAUUGUUUGAGCAGUCCCAUUUACAUUUCAUAACAUUUGCUAACGAGGGUUUCAGUAACUUCGGCGAUUGCAAGGAGGAAGAUUAUGGACUAUUCAUGGACUGGCCAGAACAAAUGGGUGGCGGGUCCCCAAACGGCGGGGCCUUUUUGGGGAACGCGAAGGUUUUUCAAGGAAAUUGGGAGGACGCGGACAACGAUGUCGACCUGGAGUCUUUGGGAAUGAAGUGGUAUCGGUACGAGGAUCCACCGGGUCAGGAUCCUGCUUCGAUAGUAUUCCAACAAGAGGAAAGCUUUCAGGUACAGAUCACUCAAGUUUCACUCCAGGACGGAACCGGAAAGGACAUCACCAGUAUCUCCGGAGUUCCGAGGACAGGUCAGGAUUGGGAGUGGCAGUACCUCCCCGAUGGCCCGGGGAUGGGCUACUUCCUUUGCAUGGCUUGGUGCCGGAUCACGCCGUGGUGCAAAGCAAUGUCGGCUGGAGCCGGAAGUACCAAACGAUUCUUUGCUUUGGAUGAAGACCAAUCACCCAGCGAUGAGGACUCGUGGACCCAGCAUCCGCCAGAUCAGGUACACGGCUGCUGGCUGCGCGACGCCGUCGGAGCAGCCUCGCUUACUUAUUUACCAGAGUGGCGACGGAACGGAGCAGAAGUUCAUAGCUCGUUCAAGGUGUGUCCGCAGCGUGAUACAGCACAAGUAACCGAGACCGUUACUGAAAAGGUUUGCACCUGCACCAAUGGGGUUAAGAAAGAUUAUAAAAACGGCGACAGUAGUUCUCACACGCUCACCUGCUACGCAGAUGGUCAGGAGGACUGUAAAACAUGCGAUGACGGUUACGAACCUGCGAUGGAUAUCAAAUGGAUUCGAGCUGUACCUUGAUAGUAAGAUCAAAGACCACCUACGCAAGCACAAGAUAUUUAUGCAUACCUAAGUUGAUCAUGUCGGAGAGUUUCAUUUUCAUUUAUUUGAUAGAAUUAGUGUUAGUCGCCUGCUGUCUCCCGGAAAUGGAAACCGGAAUUUGAUUUUGUGUGCUGUGCAUGCGGAUGCGAUUCCCAUUGCGUCCGUAUCCAUACAAUUCCACUGUUUAUGAUGAGAACAGUGUUUGGUAGCGACGCGCCACUUGGAAAGAGCUACGCACGAGGACGCCAGCAAAUGCAAAGGUAGCCGGUGCAGUCGCACGUAUUUUUUCAUGCAGCAGGAAGGCCUCAAGCUCAAACUCACUGCUCAGUAAUGCUUGGCCUCUGGUGUCUUUGAUCGCAUCACUGGUGCGACGCUUUCCAUACUGAUAGUCCUCGGAGAGGGUUCAAGAAUGUACAAGGUGUGCUAUCCAACGUGUGCAGGCCUCCAGCAGACCGACGCUUGUACAACGACUGGAGCAGGUGGCAGAGCACUUGCCAUUAGAGAUCCAAGCAAAAGCAACACUAAGUGCGGGGGCGAACUGGUACAAGAAGACUUUCCGACGGACCAGUGUUUAAGCUCUUGCUGCAUCGCCACUUGUCUGAUUCCCGAAGCCAGCUCGUCCAUAUUCAACCAAACGCAAGGCCUCUCCGGUAGUGAUUGGGAAGAAGUUCUCAAAGAUACUGGAAAGCUGGCGUCCUUUAACACUCAGGUCACCUUAGCUGGUGUUUCCUGCGCUGAGAAUUGGAUGCCGGCCAAUCCGGCGUUUCUCUGCCCACGAAGUGGCGCAGAGCUCCAGCUGAUCAACUGUGACACAUAUGUUGACCCGACUGCGCCGCCCGAGUGCCGCUGUUCCCAUGGAGGUUCGCCCCAGCCAAAUACCGACACCUGGGAGUGCCCCGCUCCCCUGCUCGAGUUUUGUCUGGAGUGCGACGCGAACUUCGUGGGGCCGAUCUCGUUUGUGGAAACCUUGCAGGAUGGAACCACCGUCACAGGACAGCGCUGCGAGCCGGAGUGCGGGCUCGUCGCGGAGACAGAUCAUUGCGAUGUCUCGGGCGGUUCGUAUCAGAUCAAAAAAGAUCCGGGCGAGAAGUGCGGCGGGGACUGGUUUGCUGAUCUGAAUUUACUGAAAAGCCAAUGCGAAGCGAACUGCUGCCAGCGGGGCUGCAAAGUGCUUGUUCCUGCGAAUCCGGAUCGAGAAAGGUACUACUUAAUUACUUUCUUUGUUUUUGUUGCGAGUCGUUGUCGUAGGUAGUUGUAGGAGCGCAAGGCUUUUUCGUCUGCACAUGCUGAUUACGGUGUAUUUUGACUUUGGCGGAGAUGAGAGCGGUAAACGUAAAUCUGUCAGAAAUUCCCCGUCUGUAUGAUCCGGUACUAUGGGCUUGGUGUAUGCUGUACCUCACACCUACACCUACUACUAAUAAUCACACUGGCCUGUUGAUUCUUCUUAUGUUGCGAACUUUCUCAACACACGCACUCCGUCCUCAGGUUCAAUUUUACCGACGAAAGCCUCGACGCUUGGAAAGGAUUUCUCACGCGUCCCGAAAUGCUUCCCAACCCGGAAGGCGCAUGGCAUCCGUUUCCGGUCGGUUUGAUGACGGUAGUUUGUGCAGACACGUACCAGGGCAGCGCCCCAGUGUUUCGCUGCGAGGCGGCCGAUACGGAGGUCAAAGUGAUGGGUUGCGAGUCAUGGAUCGGAUUAAACACGCAUGAGAUGGACGAGGACACGACCACGACCACGACCGGGCCCAUCGGGGGAGGCGCACCGCCCGUGAACGGCACGGAUAUGGGCAGUCCGGAGGAGGAGGCUGGGUUUCCCCUGUGGCCGAUCCUGGCGAUGCUGGCUUUGCUGCUGCUUUUGCUCCUCUUGUGUUGUCUGUGUAAAAAGAAGAAAGAGGAGCCCCCUCCGCCCGUGGAACACUCGGCGAGCGAGGAAGAGGACGUGCGGGACUCCGCCGCGGCACUGAAUUUGGAAGACUAUCACAUGUAAAAACGUCCCCACCGCAUAAUGGAACAGUUGGGAACUCUGCUACGCGAAUCAACAUAGGUUUGGCCGCUGUUGCGCAUGACAAAUGUGGGCGAGCAGUUUAAUGAUCGUAUUCCGCUAGUGCAGCCGCAUCACAAGUGGAUUACCUUCAUCCUGAUUUCAGCAUGACAGGUUCCCAGAUGUAGCAUUGAAAAACGCUCCUACUUAUGGAGCUGCGCAUGAGAAACGUCUUAGGUUUAUUGCUGAUUUGCAUGACAACUCUGGGCGGAUCGGGACGUCGUUUUUACCCCGGAUAAAGACGAUGAGAUCAUCAUUCCGGACCGGACGGAGGCGGAGCAGGCCAUGUUGGCCGCCGGAUUCUCGCCGGAGUAUUCCCGCAAAGUGGGAAAAAUGCUGGCCGACGCGACUCUGAGCGACGACACGGACCUGCCGCGCCCGAAUCCGGCGGACCUGGCCGUGAUGCAGCGCCUGAAGUUCGGCGGCAUCCACACCCUGCGCGAGGCACGGGAACUGUUCACGCCCGCCGUCGCGCGAAAACGCGAGAACAAAUUGGCCGGCGAACUGUUGGAGGAUUUCCCCGAUUUCACCGUGAGGGAGUGGGAGAAGGCGCUGAUUGGCAGCGGUUUUACCGAGGCGUACGCCGCGAAGCUGGCGGUGCAGCUGGCGGACGACGCGUGUGACCCGACGGACCUGAUGGUGCGCUCCAAAGACAAGAACGACAUGCGACUGCUGCAGUUGUACGAAUUGGGCGGCACCGAAACCGUGGUGGAGAUGAAGGGCGCCUUCGCGCGGCGACGGAAGCAGCGGGCCGCGCAGGGCAAGGAGGGCAAGGGCACGCUCCUCUACGCCGCGCUGCACUACAAGCCGCCGCCGCCGGGCGCCAAGCCCGAGGACACGCUGUUGUACAACGCGCUGCACCCCAAGGCGCCGAAGCUGGCCACGGACGGCAAGGGCACGCUCUUGGACGUGGCGCUGCGGCGCGAGCGGCUCAAGCCGGAGCUGGGGGAGGCGCAGCAGGUGGCGAAGGCCAUGGGCUUCUUAUGACAGUGCACAACUACUUACCCCUCCCCCUCAUUUGUAUAGCAUGAACGGCAAUACAAGCAUCAGCAAGAGUGCCAGUUUUGCAUGACAGAUUUGCGCCGGAGUAGAGUGCUAUUUGGGCUACCAGAACUUGUCAUGCAUAAUAGUGACAGGAGGGAAAGCGUGGAUUUGGUAUUUUGCAUGAGAAAUGAGAACGAGGGGGAGUUGUGCACUUUCAUACUUCACCGAAGCGUACGUGAAGACGCUGGCGAAAAAGGUGGCCGUAUGCUGCGUAAAAACGUCCCAACCUUCCCAGAGUCAAGAUCGGAAUCUUGCAACACAAAUCAACAAGUUUUGGCUGUUGCGCAUGACAAGCUUCUUGGGCGAGCAAUUUAGAAAUUCUGUUUUGUAGUUAGUGGCACGCCGCAUGAGAAAUCGAUACUCUUAUCCUGAUUCCAGCAUCACAAACUCCCAGAUAAAAUGAGAAAAUGCCUUUCAUGUGGCUGCGCAUGAGAAACCUUUUACGCAUGCAGAUUUGCAUGGCAAGUCUGGGGGCGGGGACGUUUUUGCACCGGAUAGGCCGACCCGAACGCGGCGGAGGACGCGGAGAUUCCGCCGCCGCAGGAGGAGCACGACAUCCAGAUCCUGGAGGCCCUGCGGCUGGGGGGCGUAAAGGGGGUCAAGGUGGGCAACAUGCAGGACUUUUUCACGCCCAAGGUGAAGCAGAAGCGCAUGAACCAGAAGGCGGGCAACAAAGAGAUCGCAAAGAAGGCCCAGCUGCACUCCCCUGCGGCCUACGAGAAGGAAGUAUUGGCGUUGAAAUUCUCGAAAACCUACGCGCGCGACCUGUCGAUCCAGCUGGCGGGGGACGAUAGGGGCAGCCAGGCGCUGCUGCAAACGGUGAGCGAGAACGAUCUGCACGUCAUGCAGCGGUGCGGGUUCGGCGGCACCGAGACCGUGCAGGAGUUCCGGGGGUACCUGGUGGCGCGGAAGGCCAAGACCCUGAAAAAGCAGCACAGCGGGCGGGACGCCAAGGCGAAGGCCCGGGCGAAGGCGAAGGCCAAAGCGGCGAAGGCGAAGGCCAAAGCGAAGCAGAAGGAGCUGAAAAAGGAGAAAGUGGUAGAUAAGGCGCAGGCGGAGGUGGCCCUGCAAUAUGUGGGGUUCACCCCCGCGUUCCGGGAGCGGCUGGCGGGGCAGCUGGCGGGGAAAGAGAAGCUGAAGGAGUUUGACCUGAACGGCGCGGCGCCCGCCGAUUUGAAACUGAUGCACACGCUGGGCUUUGGCGAGAAGGAGACGGCCGCGAAGAUGCAGAAGAUGCUGUUCACCAAGGGCAAGGUUGAAUCGCGGAAGAUAUCAAAUGCAAAUAUGUCUGGGUCUGGGAGAAUGCCAGACUUGUCAUGCAGAUUUUCCAUGCCCCAUGAGGUCUGGUAUGUAGGACAUAAGCAUGACAGACUCCCUGAGGUCUUUGUCAUGCCUAUCCUGCAUGAGGAUGAGACACUCCCCUCCAACUUGGUCGAACGUGGACGGCUUCUGGCGCUCGUGCAAAACAGAUUUUUACAUAAUUCGGAUUUAGCAUGACACGUUGCAAUCCUCCAGACCCAGACACAUUUGCAUUUGAUAGAAGAAGCGCGCCGACAAGAAGAAAUCGGGCAGCUUCAAGAAGAAGGCCCCGGGGGACAAGAAGAAAAACAAGAAAGACAAAACCGUGGCGGGGAAAAAGCUGAAGGGCAGCGCGAAGGCCAAGAAGAAGGCCGGGGGCAAGGCCAAGGCCAACAAAAAGGCGAAGAAAAAGGCGGGGGGCGGGGGCGCGACCUCGUCAGGAGCCGAGGAAACCGACGACGAGCACUUCGCGGGCAUUGGCGGCGGGAAAGCCAAGCACGGCGGGAAGAGCGACCUGCACCGCCAGCUCGAGAAAGCGGGGCUUUCUCACGGUUACUGCGACAAGCUCCUCAAGGACUGGCACGAAAAGAACAAGUCUAUCCCCGAGUUUCUGACACCGGGCGCCAAGGACAAGGACCGGCUGGCGUUCGAGAAGCUUGGGCUACUAACGCACGGGGGAGACCCCAAAACGGUCACGAUGCAAAAGGUCCGGAACUAUUUCGCGAAGCAACAGACGGCGGCGCACGCCUUCGAUAGCGAGACAGGCGCCAGUGACACGGACCAUGUUGGGCACGGCAGCAAGAAGGGUACUAAAAAGAAGAAGCAAAAACACCACCACGCCUCCGGCAAGGACAGCCAGAGCAGCAAAGGCAGCAACCUGAGUAAGGAGAGCGUGGGCAGUACCGACAGCGAGGAGAGCGCGUACGAGCGCGCCAAGAUGGAAAAGAAGCAAUUCCAGAAGAUGGAAAAGAAGAAGGAGAAGGAAAAAGUGCUCGCGCUGGCGGGCGCGCGGACCCUGGCGCCGCCCACCGAGCAGGCUUACGAGAAAGCGCUCGCCCAGGCGGGGUUUACGCCCGAGUACUCGAAGGCCAUGGCCAAGAAGAUGAAGAAGGAGGCUGACGCCAAGAAGGAGCGAGAGAAGGAAAAAGAGCGGAGGAGGGCGGAAAAGGACCAGGAGCGGGAGGAAAAGAGGGAGAAAAAAAAGAAGGACAAGAAGGAUAAAAAGGAGAAAAAGGAACACAAACACCACCACAAGGACAGCCCCGUUUCCGACGAGAGCACCCCUGACGAGGCGGGGAUGCAAAGCGAGGAGUCCGAAGACCUUGAGUCUCACGACGAGCAGUCGGAGGCCAUGCUCCAGGCGGAGAACGCCCAGGACCGGGAGCUGCUGGAGCAGCUGGGGCUGGGCAGUUUGGAAAAGGUGGGGGACAUGGAAAACUGGAUGCGGAAGAAGAUCGUGAAGCACCAGGUGAAGCAGCUGGAAGAGAAGGAGGACGCCACGCAGGGGGAGCUGCAGCAGGCGAUGCAGGAGGCCGGGCUGAGCGAGCAGUACGCGAAAACCCUGACGGAAAAAUUUGCGGAAAUGGAGAAACAGGAACAAGCUGACUCCUCCGCAGCGCCGCUGUCCAGCGCGCUUCUCUCGUCCGUGGCGCCGGCGCACGCGGACCACGACCUGCAAGUGCUGUCUGGCCUGGGCCUCGGCGCGGCGGAAUCCGUGCAGACACUCCAAGGGCACUUUAUGCUGGUCGCCAAGAAGAAGAAGCACGGGAGCGAGAUCAAGGCCGACGGAGUGGACCUUCAUGACUCCUCCACCGACGACGACGACAGCGACGACGACAGCGACGACGACACGGAUUUCGAUAGCAGCGACUCCAGCGACGACGAUUUGGACGAGGACGACGACGAAACGGAAGAUAUCACAUUGAAAAACGUCUCCACCCCAGAGUCAAGUUGGGAACUUAGCAACACAAAUCCAGAAGUUUUGGGAGCCACGCAUGACAAGUUGCACUCCGUAGUGUAGUGCAUGUUAGCAAGGACAACAGCAUCACAAAUCCAUCUGCUUAUCCUGUUUACAGCAUCACAAAUCCCGGAACACUAUUGCAAAUGCCCCUCAUGGGGAUGCGCAUUACAAAUCUUCCUGUGACUGCAAAUCUGCAUGACAACCUUGGGGUGGGGACGUUUUUACUCAGGAUGGAAGAGGAGGUCAACGAGAACGUGUGGUUCAACGACGAUGAGCUCUUUGGGUCCGACCACGAGGAGGUGGAGCAAAAGAAGGCGGAGCUGGAGGACCACCGGUCCAUAUCAAAUGCAAAUAUGUCUGGGUCUGGAAACUUGUGAUGCAAGAAAGGGAAGAGUGAGCGCACUGUAAUGCGCUGCCCAGCAUGACAAGUUUUUCCGUGGUUCUGAGUUGCGUACGCUGCAUGAGAAACUGCGUUUUUGCAUGACAGGGAGGAGGAGCUCUUCGCGGCCAUGCAAUACAGAGUUCAGAGUCAUGCCAGACUAGCAUGACAAUCUUCCAGACCCAGACAUUUUUGCAAUCUAUAGUCCAAGGCCCUGAGCAAAAAGGACCUCCAGCAGCUCUGCACGGGCCACCUCGGGUUCAGCGACGCCUACGCACAGACGCUGGCCGAGCGGGUGCUGACGACCAACCAGGCGGAAAAGAACAAGCUCCUGGACCAGGGGCGCACCGCCCCGGCGGGCCGCACGGACGACGACCAGGGACUGCAGGAGCUGUUGGGCCUCGCGAAGCCGGAACUGCUGGACCAUAUGCAUUGCAAAUAUGUCUGGGUCUGGAAGGAUGCAACUUGUGAUGCGCAUUUUAUAACACACAAGAAUCUCUCAUGCAUAAGCAGCAAAAGCUGGUGGCCACUUUCUGUCACCAAAAUCGGGCAUUUGUGAUGCAGAUUCGGCAUUGCGGAAGCUUCUCGAAACCUGUGAUGCUAGAGCUUCAAUGCCAGCCCUUCUUUGUCAUGCAAAAGCAGCGUGACUCUUCCAGACCCAGACAUUUUUGCAUUUGAUAGACCACUGGGUCAAGCAGCUCGGGCUGGAUAUCCGGGAAGCCGGAAAGGAGAUCCAGGCCCCCGCGAAAAAGGUCACGGCCAGCGAUCUCGUCGCGAAGAUCUACGAACAGGACGGUCUCACGACCGGGCCGAAAAAACGUGAGUUCAUCCGGAAAAACAUCAAGGCCAACUACGGCCUCUGAAGAUAGUAAUAUACGAGACUCCGACGUUUCAUCUUUAUGGUCCUGGCCGUGCUAUUAUGAUAAUGCUCAUUUUUUUUUGCUAAAUUUGUAAAAUUCUUGAAGAUGACUUUGUCACCGAUUAUGUAUUGGUCUACCCGACAUUUUUUGCUUUUCUAUCAUUUCACAUGCAUCUCUGUUUUCAUUCACAUCACAAGCAUUUUCUAGAGAGAUCCAACCAACUAACAAGUAGAUUAAGAACCAAGAAGAAGUGACAAGCGUUCUUUUCACACAGCCACACUUACGUAAAUUAGAAAUUACUCGUAUACAAGCAGAACCAGAUCAGAAAAAUUCAUAUAUCAGUAGUGUUUAUGUUUCCUUUUCCGACCCGAACAAAUUCGAACGUGCGCCGCCAUGCCUUCUAGCGAU